UGGCCGACGCACAAGAGAAAUAUUUAUCGUAUUUCCCUGACGAUUUCAAGAAAUAUAUGUCCAAGGAACUCAACCGGUCGCAUCCAAAGUUUUACGCCUGUCUUGGAGAAUAUUUCUAUGGAGUGGUUUUCUGGAGCCGAGAAGACGACGAACCCCAACGUCCUUCUACUCUCCCCGACGGCGAUAUUUCCAACUUAAACAAGACCAUCAGAGAUUUGCUUUACAGCAUUAUGAACCAUUGGCCUGCUUGUCCGAGGCUAGUUCAAUUUUGGGCACCCAUAACAACAAAAGAGGGCCGGUCUUUUCUUACAACUCGAAACCAACCUUUCUGUCUAACAUCAUAUUUUUAUCGCUUUUAUAUUGAAGGACUUUGUGGGUAUAGGAUGAUCUGUAUGGAUUCUAAAUUUGACAUUGAUUUGGAUGGGGGGAAGACUUGUGAACAACACCUUCCUGCCCGAGUGUUCAUGCAUCAAUGCCGCGAAUCCACUCCUAAUGUGGAGUUUUACUCUAUCACUGAGUAUCCACAGCGUGACGAUGCUCUACGUUGCGGAGUCCAACAAUCUUUGGCUUUCCCAGUCUUUGAAUCUUCUACCCAAAGGUGUGUUGGCGUAAUUGAAGUAGUGACACCGUCGGUAGCCCCUAGUUUUUACGGCUAUUUGCAGUGCGGAAUACAUGAAGAUUUUGAGGUUAGUCCCCCACUCACUCACAAAUUGGCAUUUUCAAUAUCUUGUUAAUAUUGAUUACUCAUUACACUCUCUCUCUUAGAACAUCUACAGUGGUGUGGUGUGUUUGUUUGUGUAAUAAGUUGGUGGGGGUUUGCCUGUUCAAAGAGAAAAAUAAUGCUUUAACGCAAGUGUUAAACACUGUUAAAUUUGUCAUAUGUUUGUUAACUAUGCUCGGAGGGGUUAACACAAAAAAGAGUAAACCACAUUCUCAUUUUUCUAGAU